AUGACUGGCGAGGAAGAUCCUCUCAUCCAGGCGCUGCCACCGGCUACCGACUAUCUCACCUAUCUCACCCUAUUGGAGUACCAACUCACCCCCGCCCGCUUGCCCAUUCUCCACAACCUGUUGCAAGAUGAAGUCCUCACCACGAAUAUCGGAUGGGACCUGGUCCAGCUGCUCCUGCCCAUGCUUCCGCAAUCGCUGGAAUGUCUGCAGGAUGUAGCCCGUCUGGGGAAUCCGAGAGAAGUGAUUCUGCGCGUGUCCGAUGCGUUGAUGAAGCUCGAGCCGGACGAAGACGAUGAUGAGGUUGAAUCCACAUCCGGCUCGGAUGAUGACAAAACCGCCAAAGAUGCGACCGCCCCUCCACGGCAUAUCAUGCAGUUCAACUGUCUCGUAGCAAUGCUCUCGAUCCUACACUCCCGCAUCCAGACCAAAUCCCCGAGCCGGUUUCUCGCAACCUCCCUGCAGGCGGUUCUCGAAGCGUAUACCACCAUGCCAACCAGUGAAACCACCGUGGCACUACUGGAGUUCCUCCGAGACGUAUCGCCGACGAAGAGACCAGCACCCCCCCCGCGAGCCGCCAGUGAGUCCAGCGUGUUGCGAGUAUCCGAAGCAUCUGCCCCAGAUCCCGAAGCCGAAAUCCAGUCCCCGUCGCCCAUGGCGGACAACGAGCCGGCACUGGUCAAGCGAUUUCUACAGUUCGGUCUCAUCGAGCUCCUCAAGUCGUACUUAUUGAGUCUAUCCAGCCCCCUAGAUCCAGGAAUGUCCUGGGCCAUCCGAGUGCACGAAAAGAUCUAUCCGCAGACACCGGUGCCUGGGAAGGAAUCGCAGAUCGAUGUGUAUGCCAACGAUAAACACCUAAGGGAGAGAGACAUGAUUAUGGCGAAGAUCACAGCACUGUCGACGGACUUUGGGCUGGACGACCAGCAACUCCUUGCGAUUGUCUCUGGGCCGCCGGAAGAACAACCUGCGCCCCUGGACUUUGAUGAACCCCCAAAGAAGGUCGAGGAAAUUCCACUCGAGAGACAUGGCUCGCUGCUGCUUCUGACGGCUCGGGCGGCCAUGGCAGAGCUGUUCACAUCCGGCAAGGUUGCCAGCGUUCCAGUGUAUCCCGAUCUCGCUCGGAUAUAUUCCAACUUCAUCGGAGAGAUUAACACUCCAGACGAGGUAGCGUUUGGACAGCCGCAGCCACUUCUCGACUCGCUGCUCGCCUUGACCGUCCUUGCGUUGCGCAACCCCAGCGGCAUCCCCCCCACAGAUGACAAGGAAUUCGCAAACCUCGUCCUGGCCGUGACGGCCUGCACCGCACGACAGACAUACAGUGCCACCCGGCAGCUCCCCGAAGUGUUUGUCCACAGCCACCCUUCGCAGACGGCGCGGUUCAAGAUCAUCCGCAAGGUCCUAGAAGAUGACAAGUGGCAGACGGUAAAAGAUCGUGCCAUUGGCUGGUUGAAGAACGAGAUCCUCCAGACAUCCUCCAGCGCAGAGCCUGCCGACGAGACGAACAUCUUCCUCAAUCCCCACUACUUCUCCGUUCUGUUCCCCCUCCUCUUCAACGCGGCCGAUCUCCUUCUCAACGUGUCCACUGACAUCGUGGCAUCCUGGGUCCGAUUCUCGCAGACACUGGCUCCCUCGAUCCACGCCGCCCUGAGCCUGUACUAUAUCCUAGUCUCCUCCCCAGCACUACGUACCCAACUCCAACUCGCCAAAACCCACCUCUACUUCCGCACCCGCCUCCUCGAACCCCUCAAGACCCUCUGCCACACCUUCGAAGCCGACCUCCCCCAGAACGGCGGCGAGGGCCGCAUCGAGGCCGCCGUCGGCGAGGAGACGUGCCAGAUCGGCAUGGCUCGCUCCGUGGGGCUGAUCGCGCACGUCGUGGAACAGGUCGAGGACGCGGUGGGCAAUGCGCUUGCACCCCCGGAUCUGGAGCUGCAGGAGCCGAGCGCAGAUGACAUUGCGCGCGUGGGCGCCAUCCGCAAGGAAACCCUGCUUUGA